AUGUGGAAACAACAGGAUGGAAUUGCUGGAAUUGGAGAUGUUCCCAUUAUUGCCACCGAUUUGACUUUAAAUUAUGCAUACUCCAAAAAUGGUAAUUCUCAAAACCCUCUUUUUGGAAAAAACAUUUCAAAACUUUCGUGUGGCUAUUCGACAUGUCUUGCUUGCUCAGAGGAUGGUUUUGUCUACAUUCGACAAAUUUCUUUGGUGUCAGGUGCCAGUCAAUGGUCACCUGUCAGUUUGCCAUCCUCUUUUCUCGAUCCAUAUACUUUUCAACCGAUCACAAAUGUAAAAUGUUCAGACGUGGAACUCGGUGGAAAAUUAGGCGAUGAAACACUCUUUGUCUUGACUAUUAGUGGUUAUGUCUUUUCAUGGGGAUCGUACAAUAAGGACAUUCGUGGUCAUGGUGUGGAUGGAACUUUUGUUUCCAUUCCAACCUUAAUUCCAACAUUGAAAGGAAUUUAUCAUUUAUCAUCGACACCUGAUUUUGCGAAUAGCCAAACUUGUGCUAUUGUUGGAUUUGCAAAUUCAACAGGAGCUUAUUUAAUGGGAUGGAAUCUUUAUUCGUUUGGAACAGGUGUUGAUUAUCAAACAUAUGAUCAUCCAGUGUAUGUGCCAUUGGAUUAUGUGACAUCUGGUCAAAUUCGAUCGAUGCAUUUUGGAAUGAAACAUGUCUUGUUUUUAACUGAAAAUGGACAUGUCUAUACGAUGGGAGACAAUGACGAUCGACAAGUGUUGCCAAGUGGUGGAAAUGGAAAUAUUCCAACACUGACCAAUCUCACUUCAAGUUUUACAAAUGUAUCAUCCAAAAUUGUGGAAUGUUCCGUGUCAAAUGAUGCAUGUUUGUGUAUCAGUGCGAAUGGAGAUGUUUUUACAUGGGGAAAUUUGUAUCAAGCUGGAAUUUCGAAUAAUAAUGUUGUGAAUUUUGGAUGGAUCGACACCCAAAAAAGCAAAAUUAUUGUCGCAAUAUGGAUUUAUUGCCACUACUAA